CUUUAACAAGUUAAUUCGUGUUAACUGUUACUCCAAUCUUGAGCCUCUUCAUCAUUACCUGUCAGACUGCAGUCAUGAACCCCGCAACCAGCAGACACGACACAAACACGCCAGAGCACUACGUCCCCCAGUCAUCAUCUUCUUCAUCAGCCACAGGAGGAAUAGGAGGAGGCGGAGGUUUAUAUCUAAACGCCUAUGAAGUCUCCUUUCCCCUUGAAGAAGGUACAGACCGCCCACCUGCCUACCACGUGAACCAGGGUCAGCAGAUGAAUGAAGAGCCAGUGGCGCAGGAGUCUCUUCACUCCCAGUACAGCCCUUUUAUCCUGAUUUCUAACCUGCGGGCUCACCUCUAUGUCUCUCUGGAGAAGAAUGCCUGGCUGCAGAAACGCAUCGAGGAGCUGGAAGAGGAGCGUAACUUCUUGCGCUGUCAGCUGGACCGCUUCAUCGUUAACAUGAGGAGCCCAGAUGUGACUGAGUGGUGUGGAGACGCCCAGCGUGCUGUGAAGGUCCAGCCUGCCAGCUCUCCAACUCCUCCUUCUCCAAUGACCACCAGGUCUGGAAUGACCCUCAAACGUCUCCAGACCUCAGAAGCUCGGAGCCGCCUUAACAUCGCUGUCCCAGUAAAACAGGAGUUUCAUCUUGAAGAAGACAAAUAUUACACUGAGGAAGAGUUUGUUGAAGAAGAGGAGGAGGAAGAGGUGGAGGAAGAUGCAGACUCAUCUGUGGAGAAUGGGACAAAGAAGAAGGGGCGGGGGCGGGGCGGUGGAGAGCCGAGGAUGAAGAUGAGGAGGAUCUUCAGGAUCACACACGGGAGGGAGAGACAGAGAGUUAAAGACCCAGACGGGGUGUUGAUUCGUUAUAAGAAGAUCCUGUACACCUACCAGCGGGUGAGGAGCAUGUCCCGAGCCUUCCAGAUCCACGGGGUGGAUCGAAACACCAUGGCCUCUACCUCCCCGAUCGCAGAGCUGCUGCUUGUGGCUCCAGAAAAGGUGACUGAAGUAGGAGAGUUUGAGGCCUCCAAGGAGAAGCUUCUGGAUUAUGCCCGGCGAUGCUACAAGGCCAUGGAUGAGGAGACUCAUGCCAAAGUCCAGAGCAUGAAGAAGACCAACAAGUUGCUCCCUAUUUCCUACAGGUUCAGGAACUGA